AUGGGUAAACUAUCAUCCAAAACUGGCUGGUGGGCUUGGUCGACUAAGAAGAAGGUUCUUAUCUUGGGAACCGUCGCUCUUGUCAUUGUUGCUCUGGGUGUCGGUCUAGGUGCUGGACUGGGAAUUGGCCUGAAGAAUAGUGGGGAUGAUGACAAUGAUAAUGAUAAUGAUGGCACUGGUUCCGGCGGUUCCGGAACGACAAACACAACAUUGCCAACAAAUACAACCGUGAAAUGGCUGCCAGCUGUUGGAACCAAGUGGCAGAUCAUACUGAAAUCCGGUGAUGGCUCACCGAUCUCCACAUCAGUGGACGCACCAAUCUACGACAUUGAUCUUUUCGACAACAACAAAACCGUCAUCUCAGAUCUCCAGAAAAUGGGCCGCAAAGUGAUCUGCUACUUCUCGGCCGGCUCGUUUGAGGAUUGGCGCGAUGAUGCUGGUGACUUCAAUGACGCAGACAAGGGCAAGAAUCUCGACGGAUGGCCUGGCGAGAAAUGGCUGAAUGUCACGUCCCCCAACGUACGCAAAAUCAUGCAGGCGCGUCUCGAUAUCGCCGUAACCAAGGGCUGCGACGGUGUCGAUCCUGACAACAUCGACGGAUACGACAACUCGAACGGUCUUGGUCUCACACAGGCUGACGCUAUCGAUUACGUGAACUGGCUUGCUUCCCAGUCUCACAGCCGUGGUCUCUCAGUGGGAUUGAAGAAUGGUGGAGAUAUUAUUGAUUCUGUCAUCGAGAACAUGCAAUGGUGUGUGAAUGAGCAGUGUGCUGAGUUCAAAGAGUGUGAUACCUAUGCACCCUUCAUUGAGGCGGGUAAACCUGUCUUCCAUAUCGAGUACCCCAAGGGCGAUUCUACCAACAACAACAAGUCUGUGACGACCGCCCAAGCUAAAUCUGCUUGUACGGCCAACAGCUCUGGCAACUUUUCAACCGUUAUCAAAAACAUGGACUUGGACAAUUGGGUUGAAUACUGCCCGUGA